AGUAAUGCCAUCUAUAGGUGUGUUAAUGCACUGCAUAUCCAGUAUUUAAGUCCACGUGUGAGCCAUUGGUGUCUCUCUUUCCCAUCGAAGCCAUCACUCAAUCAAACACUCACUCCCUUUGCCUGAAGAUUGUCUCACUCUUGGCAUCCAUUACCACACCAUAUAAGACAUGUCUCUAUCAUUGGGUGACCUCAAGUCGGACGCCGGCCUCACGAAACUGAACCAACACUUGGAGUCCCGGAGUUAUAUCGAUGGAUACACUCCGUCCCAAUCGGAUGUCGCCCUCUUCGAGGCGAUCGCCUCAGUGGACAAGAAGUACCCGCAUGUGAACCGAUGGCACUCGCAUAUCAAGUCCUACGGUUGUGACACUUGGUAA